GUUCUCGACGCUCCGCUCUCCUCCUUCACUUUCCUCCUCUUGUCUUGCUCUAACUGGUUUAACUGAAUCAUAUCUCCAAGUGUUUCACUCGAAUAAUUUCUCCCAGAAUUUUCUCCAUCCUUCUUCGACUCGGACACAUCUAUCAGCAGCGCUUCGCCCGCGUCAUCUUCACUGUCAACCUGCUCACGCCAUCAAGAAUAAUACAAUUCGAGCAUCUCCAGAACACUCAUCAUGUCAGGAAUUGGUAGCUGGCUGUGGGGAGCCUCAUCUAUUGACGAUGCGAUAGAGAAAGCCACUUCGGAGCUGAUGCCCACGGGCACAGAGGAUAUGGCUCUUAAUCUCGAGAUAUGCGACCAGAUACGCUCGAAGAGUUUUCCUCCCAAAGACGCGAUGCGUGCUCUCAAGAAGCGGCUGAACCACAAGAAUCCGAACGUGCAACUCCUCGCAUUGGGCUUGACAGAUAUAUGUAUCAAGAACGGUGGAGACCACUUUCUUGCUGAAGUCGCGUCGAGAGAGUUCAUGGAUAACCUCAGUUCCAUGCUCAAGAUGCAGACCCUGAAUCGGGACGUGAAGGACAAACUUCUGCGUUAUAUUCAGACGUGGGCCAUCGCUACUGAUGGCAAACCCAGUCUCAGUUACGUCUCCCAGACGUACAGAUCCCUCAAAGGCGAAGGCUAUGUUUUCCCACCCGAAGACCGCACUAUCGCGAACAAAGCCAUGGUCGACACACAAACAGCACCAGAAUGGAUCGAUUCUGACGUUUGUCUGAGAUGUAGGACCGCCUUCUCGUUAAUGAAUCGGAAACACCAUUGUCGAAACUGUGGCCUUGUGUUCGACCAGGCGUGUUCCUCCAAGUCUCUUCCUCUCCCUCACUUCGGCAUCACGCAGGAGGUACGAGUCUGUGAUAGUUGCCACACGAAGUUGACGAAGCAUAAGGAUCAAGGGUCGCACACCGACGGGAAGCGACAUCGGUCCUCGCAAAGUGUUUCGACAACUCGCCAUCGUGCUGCUCGCGACUACGCGGACGCAGAACUCCAACGCGCCAUUCAGCUUUCUCUCCAGGAGGUCAAUGGUCCCCAGCAUGGCCGCUCAGGUUACGUCCCGUAUCAAGAUUCGCUAGCAUACCAGGCUUCGGAACCGCCUCUGGUCGAACGUAGCACACGUCCCAGCUCUGCAGCUGCCGCCGAAGAGGAGGAUCCCGACCUUAGGGCUGCCAUCGAAGCAAGUCUGCGCGAAGCCAACGCGCCAAAACCCAGUGCGCCCAUUGGCGUAGAGACUCCGAGGUCGGAACAGUCCAUGUUUCCGUACUCGGGUGCAGGGUACUCACAGUCCUAUCCCCCGAGUAUCGCGCCACAGCCUGAAGUCCCAUCCCUCCCAAACCACGAUUUGGAGCCGCUGGAGAGUGAUACCAUCAUGACGUUCAGUCAGACGAUUGAUCAGGUGCAGGCGCAAGGUGGAAGGGAUAUUUCAAGGUAUCCCGCGGUGGGACAGUUAUAUGACAAGGCGAACGGGUUGCGACCGAAGUUGGCGCUGAGUUUGGACGACACUGGAAGGAAAGAAGAUAUGUUGAAGGAGAUGAAUGACAAGCUCUCGCAGGCAGUCAAGCUUUACGACCAGCUCCUCACGCAACAACUGUCCCGACCUACCUGGCGCCAACAGUAUUCACCCCAAGCCGCUCCACCGCCCGCUUUGAACCAGUAUCGACAGUCGAUGUGGAACGGCGUUUCUCCGCAGACUCCUAUGUCGCCCCAAAUGCAACAGCCAGCUACAGGAUACGCACCAUCAUAUCAGGCUCCGCCGUCCGCUGUUUCUUCAGAACCUCCCUAUGCCCAGUCACAGCAGCAGCCACCCGCUCAGACCAAUUGGCAGCAAUACUCGGAGCCUCAAGCGCAACAGUCGCAGUAUGCGCCACCGCCCCCACAGCCCACAUAUGUACCAAUGAGCCCCCCUCCCACACAACAGCCGUCAUUCGCGCCGAUGGUCUCACAACCAUAUAGUCAGUAUCAACCACCAUCACAUCAACAACCCCAAUACGCCCCAUCGGCCCCACCUGGUCCACCUCAGGCAUCACCACAACAGCCAGCAAAUGUACCUCAGUUCGCCCAACUCCCUCAAUCGCCACCUCAGCAUGCGACUUCUCUAUCCCGGCACAACACGAUGCCUGUUCAGCCUCAAGCCCAGUCUUACGCUGCCGUUCCCUCACCUCCUGUCUCUCAAUCCCAGCAUCUUCCCAACUCCUCGCUUGGCCGUCAGAACACAGUUGCCUCGUAUACCCCCCAGCGGGAACCUCAAUAUCAGGCUCCGGCCUUGCCGCAGGCCCAAUACGCUCCGCCUCCACCGCAGGUUCAGCAGCCUGCGUUGCCUAAUUUCCCCGCGGUGCCGACGGCUCCGCCACAGCCGUAUCAUAUGUAUGGGUCUGGGGUAGAGCGGGAAGAAAAGAAGGAGGCAUUGUUGAUUGAUUUGUGAUACUCUUCCUGGGUUAUGGGCGCGACUGAAUUGGUGUACUGUAGUGGAAUGUUUGGGACUCCUUUUUUGCGUCGGAAGUGUUGGAUUGCAUGGUUCGUUUUCGUGCUUGUUGUUUGUUUAUAUCAUAUUACUUCUUGUUCCUAUGCAUCAUGGACUCGUCGCAUAUCGUAAUGACAGUCUCCCUGUAUUUAUGACCAUCCUAUUGCCUCAAUAUUAGAGAAAACGGACGCUGCGUGGGCGGGCGAUGUGCAAA